AUGGGCGUGGCGUGCCCCAACAACGCCAUCGUUCCCAGCGCCAGGAGGGUCUGCAGCUUCAGCAACCCACCGGUGACGCCAUACUUCUGGGAUAAACGCUGCCGUAUGGGCAUGAAGGGCUGCUUCGCGGACGGCCAGCAUGUGGGGUGCAGAUUCUGCGGUCUGGGCAUUUACUCCGACAUCGCAUGCCCGGCCAGCGCCUGCAACUUCUCACAUGAGCCCUGGCAUCCCUACUAUUGGGAUGACUUUUGCCAGUGGGGCAUGCUUGGCUGCAACGCUGAUGGGAUCCACAUCCAGUGCCGCUUUUGUGACAAGGUGCCAUUCCAGUCCGUGCCCUGUCCCGUGAAGGCAAGGCCCAGCUAUCCAGAUGGCGAGUGCUGGUUCCCUGCCGGCGAGCCGUUCCAUGGGCACCGCUGGGACAGUGGCUGCAAGUGGGGCUUGCUGGGCUGCUGGGCCGACGGCGUGAAUCCGCAGUGUCGCUUUUGUGGCUCCGGGAUUUACGCCAACAUUUCCUGUUCGGAGAUGCAAUCCACCACGCUCAUCCCAGAGCCAGAGACGACCGAAAUUCCAGAGCCGAUGAAGACGACAGAGAUCCCGAAGCUGAUCGAGUCAACUUCAAAGCCCGGCUCGGAGCAUCGGUCUCCAGCGCCAUUUUUGCCAUGA